AUGGAAUUCAAAUUAAACAUUUUCACUCUUAAUUGCUGGGGCAUUCCUAUUAUUUCAAAAAAUCGCAAAGAAAGAAUAAUUGCAUUGACUAAAUAUUUAAAUAGUAGUCAACAUACAAUUGUCUGCUUACAAGAAAUUUGGAGUGAAAAUGACUAUUUGUAUUUAAAGGAACACCUAAGAAAUAAUCUGCCAUAUUCUUAUUACUUUUACAGUGGUGUUCUUGGCUCUGGAUUGUGUAUAUUUUCAAAAUGGAUCAUCCAAGAUGUAUUUUUCCAUCAGUGGUCUUUAAAUGGAUACAUUCAUAAAAUUCACCAUGGGGACUGGUUUGGUGGCAAAGGAGUUGGUCUUUGUCGCAUAAAGUGUGGAGAAAGAUUGAUUAAUGUUUACUGUACUCAUUUACAUGCUGAAUAUCAUGAAGAUGACAUUUACUUGGCACAUCGAGUUUUGCAAGCUUACUCUACAGCUGAAUUAGUAAAUUUGACCAAAUAUCCUGCUGAUGUAUCCAUUCUUGCUGGUGAUCUUAAUACUGGUCCAGGUGAUCUCUCUUACAGGAUUAUUACACAAUUACCUUCAUUAAUAGACCCAUAUGAUAUACCGUUCGAAGGCACAAACAUGAAUAUAAAGAAACCAUCUGGCACUAGUGAAACUGCAAACAAUAGCUACACUGAUAAAAAGCUGGCUGAGUCUAGUCCAGAGGGAAAAAGAAUAGACCAUAUAUUAUACCAUGUUAAUCCUUCAUGGGAGGCUGAAGUGGUCAACUUUGGAAAUCCUUUAGAAGACAGAGUUCCUGGUGAAUCAUUUUCGUAUUCUGAUCACAAUGCAGUUACACUGGAAUUAAAAUUAUCUGCUGUGAAAAGUAAGAAUGACCAAAAACAAUUAAAAAUGGAUAGCUGCUUCGAAGUGACAGCAGUACAAGCAAUAAAAGUCUGCGAGGAAGCUAUAGACAUAAUAAUGAAAUCUAAAAAACUGUUCCUUACUUCUGGUGGCCUACUAUUUAUGUUUCUUUUGGGUACAGUUGGAUUCUGGCCUAAUAAAAUAAUAUAUGAUAUUGUAAAAAUAGUAAUUACUGGCUUUUGCUUCUAUUACAUAUUAAUGGGAACACUGUGGAAUAAAAUUGAAAUGAACAGUCUUAAAGCUGGUCUCAAUGCAUUACAAAAUUUCAAUAGAAGAAAUACUGAAGUGACAAAUAUCAAUACUACAUUAGAAGAAUGCAAAGACAUUGAAUAA